AUGGGUGCGACAUGUCUGGCCCACCCCCUGCUGAUGCCGGCGACAGAGCAGGCUGGCACGGCCGAUACGUGUGAAUUCUGUCUGUCCCGAAAUAUCCGAUGCGCCUUUAGCUACAUUAAAAAGCCUCGGAAGCGAAAGCAGAAUCAUUUAGAUGACGUGUCCGUGAGCUCCGGUUCUACACCAGGAGCUGCUAUCUUGGCUGAUCUACCUUCCCGGGACGAAAUCAAGGCGCCUUUGGUGUUGUAUAUAGACUCUCUGCUGGCUGAUCGAGAAGCCUCGCGCAUUCGACGGAGUGCCAAGCAUCCAGACCAAUUGACUGCUAUUCUUGGCCCGAACCCGAACAUUUCCUUCUUCCCAGCCAAGAGAGUCCGCUUGAUUAGCGAGAGACUUGGUCAUGGUCGACUUGAGCAACUGCUCGAGGAGAUUAGAGUCAUUGUUGCCGCAAAGGUCAAGGCAACCAGCUCAAUCCCUCGGCCCAAGCUGUUCCAGGGACAUCUGCCAGACAAUCCACGCCUAGUUCCUCACCAUGAGUCUUUAAAGUCACAUAUAAUCUUAUAUUUCGAUGCUGUCCAUCCUAUAUAUCCUUUUCUCUGUCCCGAAACUUUCAACCGCCGGGUCGCAGCACCAAAUCUAGCGCAUACCCUCGCCACAGACAAAGCCUGGGCUGCACUUUACUAUGCCGUUGUCGCUAUCGGCUGUCAGAAUAAUGAAGGUGGCAGCUUCGAAGCGGGUGUUGGCGAGGCGUGGUCAUAUUUUGAACGAUCACUAGAAUGCUUUCAGGACUUGCUCUUCUUUCGUGGUUCCCUCACCGCAGUACAGGCACUCAUGGCAAUGGCGAUAUUCUCUUCAACUGCAUCGGCCUUCCAAUUCGAGCCCCUUAUGCUGUCAGAAGCCGCAAUCAUGGCGCAAGGGCUUGGUUAUAAUCGGGGUAACGGUCUGCACGAAAGCGCACAUAGACGAACAUUCUGGGUGUUAUACUUCAUGGAGAAGGUCUCCUGCUUCAUAACAGGAAAGAUUUCGGUCUUCCAAGACUCGAACAUCAGCUGCGCCAUUCCCGACUUCAAAGACUCGACUUUUGAUGACUACGAUUGGUUUUUCAGCUUCCUGCGCUACGCACGACUGGUGUCCAAAAUGUACGACGGCCUAUUUACGGUUAGCUCUGCAAACCAACCCACAGCCUUAUUCAACGAAACUGUACAGAAUCUUCUAUCCGAGUUAGAAGCUUGGCGGCUCUCUGCACCUGAGCGCUUUCGCGCCGGAGAGCCACUGAAGCCACGUCUUCUGCGCGAACCACUUGCCCAAACAGUGGCGCUGAUGACACAGUAUCUCUAUCUGAAUGCGCUACUUACUCUUUCCUGGACUCUUCUACAUUUCGGUGCUGUCAAACUGGGAACAACACAACAGCUUCAGAUGAAGCGUGAACUGAUGCGUACCGCACGGUCUGUUUUAGAAUUGACUAAAUUCGUUGAUGUCGCACCAUCCACGCCAAUCUGGAUCCUUGCUGUGAUGCCACUAUCUUCUCUAAUGAUUUUAUUCGAUCUGGUGGUUCAUAACCCCGAGCAUCCGGAAACCAGCCUCAGCCUUGCACUCCUCGAUAUCGCGGGUGGUCACUUCAGCCGCUUAGAAUUCGCCAGCAAGGGCACUCUUCCCGGGUCCGUAAUUGCACAGUUUGCGCAUAUUGCGCGCCAAUACGUUUCCGAGAAACGACACUGCCAGAAGAACAAAACCAACGAACUCAAUAUCGGAGACUCAAGGUGUGAGGAGCCCCUGGAUACCUCUCAAGGAGAAAUUAGGAUGCAAGAGCAGCAGUCUAGUAUAGAGUUGCCUGGGGCUGAUCUAUCGAGGACGAGGUCGCAUCAAGUUGUCGACCUACUGCCCGUCCAGUCCCAAGAGCUUCCUGUACUUGAUCCAGUCGUCCCAUCGCUUUGGACUCCAACCCCGCUGAAUGGGGGCGAGCAGUUAUUCAUCCCUAUGAUUGAUGACCCCAACUACCAUCUUGGGGACCUGGAGCUGCUGGGAAUUGACUUGAAGGAUUUGUUCGACUAUCCCUAUGCAAUGUUGGGAUGGAACCGCGGGACAUGA